AUGGCCAAAACUCUUAGUGCACGUGAAGCAUUUGAACUUCACAAGUCUGCUGUUACUCGAGACUUUAUUGCUAAACCUCGUUUAGAUUACCGUACUGUUACUGGUGUGAACGGUCCUCUUGUUAUUUUGGACAAUGUUAAAUUUCCCAAAUUCUCUGAAAUCGUCAACUUGACUCUUCCUGAUGGUUCAGUUCGUGCUGGUCAAGUUCUUGAAGUGCAAGGCAAAAAGGCCGUUGUUCAGGUCUUUGAAGGUACCUCUGGUAUUGAUGCUAAGCAGACACAUGUAACAUUCACUGGACAAACACAACAUAUUCCUGUCUCUGAAGACAUGUUGGGUCGUGUAUUCAACGGUUCCGGUAAGCCCAUCGAUAAGGGUCCCAAGAUUUUCGCUGAAGACUACUUGGAUGUCAAUGGUUCUCCCAUUAAUCCAUUCUCUCGUAUCUACCCCGAAGAAAUGAUUCAAACCGGUGUCUCUGCCAUCGAUACUAUGAACUCUAUCGCUCGUGGUCAAAAGAUUCCCAUUUUCUCUGCUGCUGGUCUUCCUCACAACGAAAUCGCCGCUCAGAUCUGUCGUCAAGCAGGUCUUGUGCAGAAGAUGGCCCCUACUAAGGGUGUUCAUGAUGGCCACGAAGAGAACUUCUCCAUCGUCUUUGGUGCUAUGGGUGUCAACAUGGAAACUGCUCGUUUCUUCAAGCAAGAUUUCGAAGAGAAUGGUUCUAUGGAGCGUGUCACUCUUUUCCUCAACUUGGCCAACGAUCCUACUAUCGAACGUAUCAUUACUCCUCGUCUCGCUUUGACCACUGCUGAAUACUAUGCUUAUCAACUCGAGAAGCAUGUUUUGGUCAUUCUUACUGAUAUGAGUUCUUAUGCUGAUGCCUUGCGUGAGGUCUCUGCUGCUCGUGAAGAAGUUCCUGGUCGUCGUGGUUAUCCUGGUUACAUGUACACCGAUUUGUCCACCAUUUACGAACGUGCUGGUCGUGUUGAAGGCCGUAACGGUUCCAUCACUCAAAUCCCCAUUUUGACCAUGCCUAACGAUGAUAUUACUCAUCCUAUUCCUGAUUUGACAGGUUAUAUUACUGAAGGUCAGAUUUUCGUUGAUCGUCAACUUCACAAUCGUCAAAUCUAUCCUCCCAUCAACGUUUUACCAUCAUUAUCCCGUCUUAUGAAAUCUGCUAUCGGCGAGGGUAUGACCAGAAAGGAUCAUGGUGAUGUUUCCAACCAAUUGUAUGCCAAGUACGCUAUUGGUCGUGAUGCUGCUGCCAUGAAGGCUGUUGUCGGUGAGGAAGCUUUGAAUCAAGAAGAUAAAUUAUCUUUGGAAUUCUUGGAGAAGUUUGAAAAGACCUUCAUUGCUCAAGGUGCUUACGAAUCCAGAACUAUCUAUGAAUCUCUCGAUCUCGCUUGGUCGCUUCUCCGUAUCUUCCCCAAGGAACUUUUGAACCGUAUCCCUCAAAAGGUAUUGGCUGAAUUCUAUCAACGUGAGCGCAGCAAGAGAUCCAAGGGCGUCUUUGAUACUAACGAUGAUGAAGAGUGA